AUGCAUCUUAGGCAUAAGGAUGUUCAGUAUACUCAAGCCAUGAUUUAUGCGAUUGAUUACUUGAUAAAUCGGAAUCCCUCGCUAUUACCAGGCAUUACUAUGGGAUGGACAUUGCUCGAUUCGUGUUCAUCUGCUGAUAUUACUUUGGCCAAUGUUAUUUCCAAUAUCAUCAUGCAAGGACAUCAUCAAAUAUUAUCUCGCAAUAAUGACUCAUUAACAGAAACUAACGUCGAUACCGUAAUAGAUCUACUUCAAAAAACGAUGAGUAGUCCAAUGCUUCGAGAAAAUUCAAUUGCGGGUGUUAUUGGCGCUAAAUUAAAUGCCAUUACACUUUUAACGGCGGCUUUAACUAGCAGCAUCAAAAUUCCUCAAAUUAGUUAUCAUUCCUUCGACAACUCGCUGAAUGAUCGCUUAAUUUAUCGAUACUUUUACCGUACUUCCAUCUCUCAUUCAGUUCAGAUGCAAAAUAUCUUUGAUAUCGUUCAUAGAUUUGAAUGGAAUUGGAUCUCUUUCGUAGUCUCUGAA